AGCCACGUGUUAUCAAAUAUUAUUUUCAAAGUUACGGACGAAGGCCUUAAACUUGCCUUGCACGCCGCCAACAUGGAGACAUCAAGUCACAUUCCUCCAGCGAAUACUGAAAGUUCCUUUGGUAUCCAAAAAAUUGUCGAUUGCAAAAUAGGACAGGACGGAAAGCAGAUGUAUAAAGUCAAAUGGGAGCCAACUUGGGAGCCUUUUGAAAAUCUUGCAAGCUGUCAACAUUUAAUUGAUGAAUUUUGGUCAUUUGUGAAUAAAGCUAAGUCAACUGAACAAGCUUCUUAUCAACAUAGAAAGAGAGCACGGCUAGAACUUUCUGCUGGUAAUGAGCAAAAUGUUAUCAACCUUGAUGCAGACUUUGAUCAACAUCGACUAUCUGAAGAUAACAAGGCUGGUGUGCAACGCUUAAUUGCACGAACGCAAUCAUCAGGAAGUGCACCCAACUUAAUGUCACCUAGUGAGAUGCUGAAUUAUCCACAACAUAAUAUGAUGAAUAUUCCAAGAACUCCUACUCGUAAUAAUACGAACUUUAUGGCACAAUCUCCAAACCAAGGUAUGCUUCAUCAAUCACCAGGUAUGCCUCCACAAAGUCCAAAUCAUGUCAAUAAUAAAAUGCCAAACUUCGGAUCUCCACAGCAGUUUAACUCUCCUGGGCAAUCAAACUUUGGGUCUCCAAGUCAACGCGGUAAAUCUGCUGGAUUUGGUAAUAAAGGUGGGAUGAAACCAGAAGUUGAUGACAAUCUGACACUUCAUGCUGCUGGUGGGAAGGCAGGCAAACCUAGCAACAAUUCCACACUCAAAUAUAUUGAAAAGUUUGACAACCCUUACGUGAAGAUUAUUUUAGUUUGUAAAGUAUGCAAUAAGGAGCAGAGUCUGAAAUUUUCUCACAACUGGAAAACGCACUACCUUAGUCAUGCAUCAAAUGAAGAAAAACCACAUAAAUGUUCUCAAUGUACUAAAGCGUUUAUCACUGCACCACAGUUAAAGAAGCAUUUCUUGAAACAACACGAGAAAAAACAGCUGAAACAAGAAAUGCAGUACCCUCCUCAUAACGUAAUCAAGCAGGAAUAUCCACAACCAAAGAUGGAGCCUACCUAUCCGAUAUACCAAUGAUCCUUAACAACUUUCCACCGUGUAUAAAUUGUAGAUAUUGUUUUAAGAAUAAGAAAGUGGUCACGAUCACUUGCGUUCUUAUGAGAGGGAGAGUUGCUGCUUGUGCUUAGUUAAUAGACAUGUGACUUUUUCGUGUUUUUCUUGCAGAUUGCAUCCACAAAGUCAAGUAACCAAGCUAUAAGUGCAUCCAGCCUAAAAUACUUGGAAAACUUUAGCAAUCCGUAUGUAAAAAUCAUAAUAGUCUGUAAAAUCUGCAAUAAAGAGCAGUCGUUGAAGUUCUCCGGUAAUUGG